UUCUAUAGCAGAUUAAAUAAAUUUGCUGUUAACAUUGGUAACAGCCAUAUGUGGAUUGCCUUGGUUCGAAAAGAAAACUAUAUAAUCAGAUAAUAGUUAGAUAACUCGAUGUUUUCACGACAUAAUCCUAUAUACAAAUGACGUUCUUCCGACUCAAUAGAUUGCCACUUGUAGCAGCUGUGCUCAUUUUUGCGAAUUCUAUACGAAGUGUCGACGUUGAGUGAGAAAAAGAAAAGUGAUCUGAUCUGGUUUCUUGUAUAUAUUAUACUUAUAAUUACGUACCAAGGUUAUCGUCUUUCACACUGUUACCGGGCACAGCCACAAUACAUUGAACUGAACAGUGAACCGGCUUUAAUGCUAUAUUUGUGAACGACAGACGCUUUCAACGCAAAACUUUUUUUCAACAAUCAAUAACAAUGCUACGCUCAAUUGUAAAAAAGAUUUCUGCUCAAAAUGUCGAUACAAUCCGUAAAUUUUCCGCUGCUGCGAUUCCAGCUCCUGAUACAAAUCCUCCUAUAUUAUAUGCUGGGAUCUUUAUUGACAAUGAGUGGCAUCAAUCAAAGUCUGGGAAAACAUUUGAAACUCGCAAUCCUACCACAGAGGAAGUUAUUACUGAAGUUCAACAAGGUAAUGCUGCUGACAUAGACUUAGCUGUGCAAGCUGCCAGGAGAGCUUUUAAAUUUGGUUCACCAUGGAGGACGAUGGAUGCAUCAAAAAGAGGAGUUUUAUUGAACCGAUUAGCUGAUUUAAUUGAGCGUGAUCGUAAAUAUAUUGCAUCCCUUGAAACAUUAGAUAAUGGCAAACCAUAUUCAACAGCUUAUGGCUUUGAUGUACCAGCAAGUGCUGGAACCCUCAGAUAUUAUGCAGGAUGGGCUGAUAAAACUCAUGGAAAAGUAAUUCCUAUGGAUGGCCAAUUUCUUGCUUAUACGAGACAUGAACCAGUUGGUGUAUGUGGGCAAAUAGUUCCCUGGAAUUUCCCACUUUUGAUGGUUGCAUGGAAAUUAGGCCCUGCUUUGGCAACAGGCAACUGCGUUGUUCUUAAACCAGCAGAGCAAACUCCUCUAACAGCUUUAUAUAUAGCGCAGUUAGCAAAGGAAGCAGGUUUUCCUCCUGGAGUGAUCAAUGUUGUACCUGGUUUUGGUGAUGCUGGAGCCAGUUUAGUUCACCAUCCUGAUGUCGAUAAAGUUGCUUUUACUGGUUCUACUGAGGUUGGAAAAUUGGUAGCAGAAGGGGCGGCUAAAACUAAUUUAAAGAGGACGACAUUAGAAUUAGGAGGAAAAUCGCCAAAUAUUAUCUUUAGUGAUGCUGAUAUGGAUGAAGCGGUGGAAACAUCUCAUUUUGGCUUAUUCUUCAACAUGGGUCAAUGUUGCUGUGCUGGAUCGAGAACUUUUGUCGAAGGUUCUAUUUACGACGAGUUUGUUGAGCGAAGCGCAGCUAGAGCUAAAGCUAGAACUGUUGGAGAUCCUUUCGAUUUGAAAAAUGAAUCUGGCCCACAAAUCGAUGAAGAACAAAUGAACAAAAUUUUAAGCAUGAUUGAUGUUGGAAAAUCGGAGGGAGCUAAACUUGUUCAAGGUGGAGGUAGACUGGGCGAAAAAGGCUAUUUUGUCGCCCCAACUGUAUUCGCUGAUGUUCAAGAUAAUAUGACAAUUGCAAAGGAAGAAAUUUUUGGACCUGUGCAACAAAUAUUAAAAUUUAAUCAAAUUAGCGAGGUGAUUGAAAGAGCAAAUAAAACCGAUUAUGGGUUAGCAGCAGCAGUUUUUACUAAAGACAUUGACAAAGCUAAUUACAUUACCCAAGGAUUACGAGCUGGUACUGUUUGGGUAAAUACAUAUAAUGUAUUGGCUAAUCAAGUACCUUUUGGUGGUUACAAAAUGUCUGGACAUGGUAGAGAGCUGGGAGAGUAUGGUCUGGAAUCUUACACAGAAGUUAAAAGUGUCAUCGUGAAAGUACCGCAAAAAAACAGUUAAACAUAUCAAUGUAUGAAAUCGCAAACAUAUAUAUAAUAUGAUUCGAAGUUUUAUGCGUUUAUAAAUAGGCUAUUGAGCUAUGUUUAGAUUUAUUAUCUAUGUACAAAUAAUGCCCUUUUUGACAUUAUUUGACAUAUUUUUGAUAUUAUUCUCAAUUUGCAUAAGUUCUUUCUUAUUAUAUGGUUGGGUACGUGAGAAGUUUGCUCAACUUUCCAAUAAAAACAAUAAAAAAUAUGUGAUAAAAUAAUAUAAAAGAAUAUAACAAUGAUACAGUUUAAAAAGAAUCCAAUCUUAA